GUUUACGUGCGCCAGCUGCGUCGCACUACAGUGACGUGUCCACGAGGCGGCGCUAGGGCUCGCGCGGGGGUGCGUUCACUUACCGAACUGCCCCUUUCGAGAUUUAGCCUGAUUACAAAAGCAUGUUUUCCGUAACGAAGAACCCGAAUACGUUGCAGCGCGACCGCGUGGCUUAACGUUAGCGCUGCUUUCUGAAAUGGGAGAAGGCGCUUCUGUUUCACAACGACACUGUCAGAUAAAGUAGAGGUGGCAGGAUGGGCGAGCGGCCCGGCGGCUCCGGGGCUGCGAUCUCUCCCGUGCAGCAGAUGCUGGCUUCUGGCACUGGAGCCCUCCUCACAUCUAUUUUUGUCACACCGCUGGACGUUGUGAAGAUCAGGCUGCAGGCUCAGCAAACCCCGUUCCACCAAGCUUUAGCCCGUGAAUCCGCUCCGUGGGGAGGCGUCAUCCGCCCUUCCAAGUGGAAAUGUUUCCUGUAUUGUAAUGGACUGAUGGAUCACAUCUACGUGUGUCAGAACAGAACCAGUUGCACCAGCUGGUACAAAACCCCCACGCAUUUCAGUGGCACGCUCGAUGCGUUUGUGAAAAUCACUCGACACGAAGGGCUCCGGUCCUUGUGGAGCGGACUUCCUCCAACGCUAGUCAUGGCCGUUCCCGCCACCGUCAUCUACUUCACCUGCUACGACCAGCUGCGGGACUUCCUGCGGUCCGGUCUGGGUCUCCAGGGCAGCUUCGUCCCCCUCGUGGCCGGCGGUCUGGCCAGACUGGGGGCCGUGACGGUGAUCAGCCCCCUGGAGCUGGUCCGGACCAAGAUGCAGGCCCGCCGGCUGUCCUACGGCGAGCUGCGGGUGUGCAUCCGCUCGGCCGUGGCUCAGGGCGGGCUGCUGUCCCUCUGGAGGGGCUGGGGACCCACCGUCCUCCGGGACGUGCCCUUCUCUGCGUUCUACUGGUUUAACUAUGAACUGGUGAAGGCGCAGCUGUGUGAAGAGUCCCAGAUGACUCAGGCCAACUUCUCCAUCAGCUUCACAGCCGGAGCCGUCUCUGGAGCCGUCGCGGCCAUCCUGACGCUGCCUUUCGACGUGGUUAAGACACGGAGACAGAUCCAGCUGGGAGAAAUGGACGCUGUGGGAGCUUCCUUGAAGGGAACCAAGUCCACGUGGCACAUAAUGAAGGACAUAUGGGCUGAGAUGGGCUACAGAGGCCUUUUUGCAGGUUUCAUGCCCAGGGUGAUCAAAGUGGCUCCAGCCUGCGCCGUCAUGAUAAGCACCUACGAGUUCGGGAAGGCCUUCUUCCAGGAGGUGAACCUGGAUCGCGAGCGCCUGGGAACCUGAGCGAUCGUGUUGUCGACGCUGUCGUCAGGACAGCGAGAGCCACCCCCUCCUGUCCUCUGGGACGUCUGCUCUCUGAACUGUGAUAAGAGCUGCACUUGACAUCCGUUACCGGGCCGGAGAGGUUCUAGAUUCUCUCCUGGAACAGACUUUACGUGUGCUGAUUAUUUUGUGUUGCAACUUUAAACGUGUGUUUUUAAAAUAAGAACAUGUUUUCUUUAGGGCUUCAGCAACGGGGACAAACUGCGCUAAAUCACACCUGUGUGCACGUGUUCUGAUGAUGAUGAUGGGGGAGUAAAAUCCAACCCUUUUUUGGGGCUUAAGCUGCACAUCAGUCCGGUUGCAUGAGUCUGAGAAGGUUCUACUUCCCACAUUGUGCAUCGCCUGAGUCUGUGUUCAGCAUCGGGUGAAGAUAAGCUGCUGCCCCCCCACCGCCUGAGCUCUACUGCACUUCUGCAGCAGAACAGCCAGACAUCCGAGUAGAAAUCUCUUUUGUGUACCGGAUAGAUUUUUAUUAUUUGUUGCACUUUACAAGUUCUGUAAAAUUAAAUCUGAAAGACAGUUUUUGAUUUUAUGUUUGGUGUAAUGCUUCUUUUCUGACCUAAAAUGGGCGACACUACAAUCUAGAAAACACAACGCCUAAUGCAUCAUUUAGCAUUUGGUGUACUGAUUAUAUUACAAUAAUUCAAGAAGCUUAGAGCACAAUUUUCUGUGGAAACUGCAGCUGACAGCAUCUUUAAAGUCACAUCCUUCUUACAUUUUGCAAAGACAUGAUGUGAUCAAAUAAACACGAUAAGCUCCCCAAACUUUCCCCUGGGAGCGUGCAGGUGAUGAAACGCUUUGAAUGUGUUGUAACACUGCAUCAUAAAACACAAUAUUACUGCCUCA